GAACCAUGACAUUUAUUAAUAAUAAAUAAUAAUGAAUUAAUAAUAAAUUCAUCAAUUUCUAUGGAUAUUCUAGCUGCAUUGUCGAUGUUGAAUCAUCUCAGCAACACUGAUUUGGGAGAAAUAUUGAACGAUGAUGGAAGAUUCGAGGAAGUUGUCAAUGACAUAAAACAGAAAAUAGCUGCGAAAUUCUUAUCGGGAGAUACAGAAGUCGAUGAAUUCCUGGAUCAAUUCUUGACCCGAAGAAAGAUAAUGCAUUUACGAAAGGUGAAGGUAGACAAAAUGCGAGAGCUUAAGAGGAAACCGAAAUCGUCGACAGGGGGUUAUCCAGCAGUGAACACCUUUCGCCGCCCAAGUUUUCUUAAAGCUAUUUCCAUAAUGUGCCUUCGUCAUGGUCAUGGAGCGUUUGAGGAUCAAAAUAAUUCCCACGAUAGCCCUCAUCUCAGACAGCAAGACAAAAGACUACAUCGUAGGCUUCACGGACCUCGGAAAUUGCGACGAUUUUUCCACAGAGAUGAUGGAGUGGAGAAUAGCCCAGUCUGGUGCAAUAUCAUACACUGGUGACCUGUUGAAUCCACCAGAAAAGGGAAAGAAGCCGUCUAAUCUACUCGUUGGAAACAAGAAAUCAAAAACAAUUCGAGGCAGAACUAAUUCUG